UGACAGUUUUAGGGACAUUUAAUUGUUGGUGCUCGACAAAGCAAUAUGAAAGUGUUCGUGGUGUUACUCGUGUUCGCGGCCUUUUACCAGGCCUCGGCUAUGCGUAUAUGGAACUGGUUUUCAAGCGACGAUAUCGAAGACGUUAUAUCUCCUACGGCAGAGGUGACAGGCGAAUGCCGACGUCUGGCAGGGUGGGGUCAGUGUGCGUUCUAUGACUGUUUGGAGGACAGGUUCACAUGCGGAGAUGAUGGAUAUACCUUGAAAAUAAGCAAACAUUUCUGUUCAAAAAUAGACAGGAACUUUGGGACUUUUGAUGAUAUUGGUCAACUGUGGUUGAACAGGACCAGUAUCUGUCUGCUAAGUUACAUGCUACCAAUCUACGAACAGGAUUCAACCACUUGCUCCGCCAUAAAGGACGCCGGAAUAACAGCUAUCCUCAACUGCAAUGCAGAAGUGGUUGAUGGCACUGAUUUCUGUGGUUUCGUACAAACAAACGGCGACGCCUACUCUGCACUGAUGGGGCGGGACGAAAUCCUACUAAUGGCACAACUCGGAAAUCCAAGAGUGAUUGGCAGUAUGGUGUCGCAGGCGGUUCACUGUGGAGUAAGCAGCAUGAUGGACACAGUGGCAUCUCUUGGUGAAUCCAUCAGCAAUUUGGCCGGCAGUGUUGUCAGCAACAUCCGGGGAUGGUUCAGUUAAAAGGAAUAUAUUUCGUGUAAUUGGACUUUGGGAAAUAAGAGACUAUAUGAAACAAAGACUAGAUAAUUAAAAAAAUAGUAAUUAAAAGUUACGAGUAAAACACC